AUGGAACUAUUCGACUGCAGUCCCCAAAAAUAUGCGUCAUUCCCCCACUGGCUUCGGCGGCAGUUGUUCGAAUCACCCCGACCGGUAUCCGACGUCGACUUGACAGGAAAGGUAGCAAUUGUGACCGGGGCUAACCAGGGCAUCGGUUUCGAGGUUGCCGAUCAACUCCUUGCUCUGAAGGUCGACAAGCUCAUCAUAGGCGCUCGGAAUGAAGAUAAGGGAAAAUCUGCCGCAAAGAUACUGGAGGCCAAGCACAAUUUAUCAUCCGGCUCUAUCGAGGUGUGGAAGCUGGACAUGCUAGAUUAUGCCACGAUAACGAGGUUUGCUGAGCGGGCAAGCCAGCUCAAGAAUCUCGACAUUGCAAUACUCAACGCUGGCAUUUUCAGAAAAAAUAUGAUCAUCAGCGAGCGGACAGGCCACGAAGAAGAUAUCCAGACCAACUAUCUAUCCACUAUACUACUAACACUCCUCCUUCUGCCUACCCUCGAAUCCAAAAAGCGGGCGUCUAAUCUCCCAGGGCGAUUGACCAUUGUGUCCUCCGACAUGUCUGGCAUGACCAAAUUUGUUGAGCAAGAUGAAGACCCGCUGCUGGCUUCCCUUGAUAGACUAGACGCCAAGUGGGAUGCGUUUGAACGUUACGGCACUUCAAAGCUACUGGGGCAGCUUUUCCUAGCUGAAUUGGCAAAACACGUCUCGCCAUCGGCCGUGAUAAUCAACGCGGCCAACCCCGGCCUCUGUCACGGGUCAGGCCUGAGCAGGGAUGUUGAAGGGGAAGGGAUGGCAUAUAGGGCUGCUAUGGCACUCUACUUUAGCCUUCUGGGCCGCAAGUCUGCAGUCGGUGCCCACGUGGUGAUGAAUGCGGCCCUGAAGCAAGGGGAGAAAUCGCAUGGCCAAGCCAUCGACGGCAACAAGAUUAGACCGAUGGGGCCAUUUGUGUACUCGCCCAAAUCAGCGGAGGUCACUCGCCGGCUGUGGAAAGAGACAAUGAAGGAACUCUCAUUUGCGAACAUUGAAAUCGGCGGGCGAGUCUAG